AUUCGUCUCUCUCUCUCUCUCUCUCGCCUUCGUCACUCUGUUAUUUUGAAACUUCAAUUUCCUUUGAUGGGUUUUUGCUAAAUACCCAGAUUAUGAUUUAAAGCUUUAUUCCUUUGUCUUAUAAAUCUCGCUCUGCCCUUUAAUCUCAAACAUCUCUAUUACAAAGUAUUCUUGAGUAAAGCUCUCGUCUUUGUAGUUUUGCUAAAAAAACUUGUAGUCUUUGGGCAAAUAGAACAAAAAUAUGAGAUUUUACUUAUCUUCAACUCUACAGCGUUCCCUUGUAAGUCUUGUUCUAGGGUUCCUCUUUGUUUCCUGUGACGCGUUUCCCUCUAAAGAAGUUGAAGCUCUUAGGAGAUUCAAGGAAGCUAUGUAUAAGGAUCCUUUGCUAGUUAUGUUUAAUUGGAAUGUCCCCGAUUCGGAUCCUUGCCUUUGGACCGGCAUUAAAUGUUCUCCAUCUAAGGAUCAUAUUAUCAAAAUAAAUAUAUCGGAUGCAUCGAUGAGAGGGCUUCUUGUGCCAGAACUUGGUCAGAUAACCUACUUGCAAGAACUGAUCCUUAGCGGAAACAUUCUAAUGGGGACCAUACCAAAAGAGAUAGGAAAGUUGAAGAAACUCAAGAUCUUAGACUUGGGAAACAAUCAUUUGACAGGACCGGUUCCAGCAGAGAUUGGGAGUUUGUCCAACGUUAUAAAAAUAAACCUUCAGUCCAAUGGUUUAACAGGAAAAUUACCUCCAGAGAUUGGAAACUUGAAUCACCUUAGAGAACUUCGUAUUGACAGGAAUAGGCUGCAAGGAAGUAUUCCUGUUGCUAAAACAUCAAAAAGUGCAAACAUCACUGGUUUGUGCAAGUCUUCUCAAUUGAAAGUGGCAGAUUUCUCGUACAACUUUUUCGAGGGAAGAAUUCCGAGUUGUUUGGAAUACCUUUCAAGAAUGAGCUUUCAAGGAAACUGCAUGAAAACCAAGGAGGUUAAGCAGAGGCCUUCUUCAGAGUGUGCUGCAGUCUUGGCCAAGAAGAAAAAACGAGGAUCGAGACCUAUGUGGCUUCUGGAUUUUGAGAUAGUCACGGGAUCUUCGGUUGGUUUGCUCUUUCUAGUUGUGAUUUUCUCUGCGUUUAGCUUGUGCAACAUAAAGCGCUCUCUCAUCGUUCCCUGGAAGAAAUCUGCAAGUGAAAAAGAGCAAUUCACGGUCUACGUUGAUUCUGAAAUGCUGAAGGAUGUUUCAAGGUUCACAAGACAAGAGCUAGAAGUAGCGUGUGAAGACUUCAGCAACAUCAUUGAUUCUUGUGAAGAUAGUCAGGUUUACAAAGGAACGAUCAAAGGCGAGACCGAGAUUGCGGUGAUCUCUCUCUGCGUUAAAGAAGAAGUCUGGAGUGGAUUUCUUGAGCUUUAUUUCCAGAGAGAGGUUGCGGAUUUGGCUAGAUUAAACCAUGAAAAUGCGGGGAAGUUACUUGGAUACUGCAAAGAAGAUAAACCAUUUACAAGAAUGCUUGUUUUUGAGUAUGCAUCAAAUGGGACACUAUACGAGCACCUCCACUAUGGGGAAGGAAGUUUAGUCUCGUGGGCAAAACGCAUGAAAAUCGUUGUAGGCAUCGCACGUGGUCUCAAGUACCUUCAUACUGAGCUCGAUCCUCCAUUUACAGUCUCUGAGUUGAACUCAAAUGCAGUGUAUCUCACUGAAGAUUUCACUCCCAAACUGGUUGAUUUUGAAUGCUGCAAGACGAUUCACGCGAGGUCAGAGAAGAUUUUGACGGAUAUCAGUAGUGAAGGAGCUAUAUGUGUACUUCCCAGCGCAAUGGAGCAUCGAGGUAUGAAUUUGCAAGGGAAUAUCUACUCAUUUGGCAUGCUUUUGCUGGAAAUUGUGAGCGGAAGACCUUCUUAUUGCCUAGAAAGAGGCUGUUUGGUUGAAUGGGCAAAGGAGUAUCUUGGUGCACCAGAAGUGAUGGCUAGUUUGGUGGAUCUUGAGCUGAAGCAUUUCAACCAAAAGGAACUUGAGGCGGUAUGUGAAGUGGCGAGCCAAUGCUUGAACUUGGACCAGAAUGAUGAAGACAAUAAUCAGAGAUGUUUGGUUCAAGAGCUUUGUGACACAUUAGAGAGUAGAAUUAGUUUGUCUAUUUCAGCAGAGCUCAGGUCGUCUUCGUUGGCAUGGGCCGAACUUGCGCUGGCUUCGCCUUCUAAAGAAGAUGAAGAGGAAAAUGAAAGGAAUAAAUACUCAAAUAAACACUCUUAAAUUUUAAAUAAAUUGGGUUUUGUUAGUUUUGACAUUGGCACUAACUUUUUCAAUCGAACAUUUUG